AUGAACGACUUGGUUCAGAAUGACCUGCAUGUUGUGAAGCAAAAGAUUGGUGAUCACUUAAACAACUCGCACGAGCCUUUGAGUGACACGGCGAGAUACUACUUUGAUCAGAAAGGUAAAAGCAUAAGACCGAUAGUUAUGCUACUUAUGGCGAAAGCAUUAAGCAAGAAGCUACCCAAAUCUGAUCCCCAUCAUGGUCUGAUUAAUGAUCAACAGUACACACUUGCCAUGAUCGCAGAGAUGAUACACACAUCUAGUUUAGUACAUGACGAUGUGAUCGACGAGGCCGAUACACGUCGUAAAACCCCCUCCGCGAACAAGAAAUUCGGCGAUCCACUGGCUAUCUACGCAGGCGACUUCAUACUUGCAAAGGCCUCGAUGGCACUUGCCGGUCUGAACAAUCUAGAUCUGAUCACUACGAUUGCAACUAUCAUCGAUGAUUUGGUGGACGGUGAAUUGAAACAGCUGAGUAACGAGGCGAAAGCAAGUCACAAGGUCCGAUUCGACCACUACCUGACGAAGACAUAUUUGAAAACGGCGAGUUUAUUUGCUAACGGGUGCUUGUCUGUUGCAACUGCUUCAAAGAUGGAUGAACAGACCUGUGAAUCGAGUCGCAGCUUUGGCCACGACCUUGGCAUGGCUUUUCAGGUGAUAGAUGAUGUUCUAGACUUAGUCAGCACAAGUGAAGAGCUGGGCAAGCCGAGUUCAGCGGAUCUUAGCUUAGGGUUGGCCACCGCGCCGAUACUUUAUGCAGCGGAGGAAUUCCCAGAGCUGAAUCCCCUGAUUAAAAGGCGAUUCAAGGGACCUGGAGACGUACCUGAGGCGUUACAUUAUUUGAAUAAGAGCUCCGGCCUGGCACGGAGUCGAGAGCUAGCCGCCGAGUAUGGACAGUCAGCGGUUCGCACUAUACAGCAGCUACCCGAGAGUUUAGAGCGUCAGGCGCUAGUUGAUCUAUGUGCAUUAGUGCUUAGCAGGAGCAGUUAA